AUAAAAAUAAUUGAUGCACUUAAUAGUAUUCACAACGAGAAUGUGGCUCACAGAGAUUUGCAUUCCGGAAAUAUAUUGUAUUCACAAUAUAAUAAUUAUUGGUAUAUCAGUGAUCUCGGAUUUUGUGGUCCUAUUGAUAAACCACUAGGAAGUAUCUAUGGUAAUCUUCCUUAUAUGGCACCAGAAGUAAUUAUUGGAAAAGGGUUUACUCUUGCAUCUGAUAUUUAUAGUGUCUCAAUGCUUAUGUGGGAAAUUUCAUCCGGUAAACCACCCUUUUAUUUUAAUAGAUAUAAGGAUUAUGAUCUGGCAAUGAACAUUGUAAAUGGUAUGAGACCAAAGAUAUUAUCAGAUACUCCUUUAGAAUAUAAAAAUUUAAUGAUACAAUGUUGGGAUGCUGAUCCAGUAAAAAGACCUAACGUUAGUAGGCUU